GUCUGCUAAAUUUAUAAAAUAAAACGUGCUUUACCCAUUUGAAAAAGUGUAGACAAGUUUUCUGUUAAUCUAGGCGGGAAAAUCAUUGAAAUAAAGAUGAAAAAGAAAAAAACUAACAACAAGAAAAAGAUAGACAAGACGAAAAAGGUAGAUAACAAGAAACGAAUCGGUAAACCUCAAAAGAGCCAAAGACAUAAGAAAAUAAAAAAUAUGGACCCCGAUUCCCAAGAGACCAAUGCUAAAAAGAAGCGAGGUUCGAAACAAAUCAACGAGGUUCCGGAUAUGGAACAAAAGGCUCCCAGAUCGCUUAAAGAUUUGUUUGCUUUUAAGAAUGCUCCUGAUAAACGAAAGAAAAAAACGAAAGCUGAAAUUGAAUAUGGCGUCACUUUGAAAGGCAUGACGAAGCCAGUCGCUACACCUAAAUCAUUCAAACAAAAGAAAAAAGAAACUGAUGCUGCAUUUAUGAGACGUGUGAAUAAAGAAACAGAGGCUGCAUUAAAUAUAGCGAAAUUUAACGAAAAAUUUAAUGUUGACCUAUUAAAUAUGAAAAAAGGAUCAAAAGAUUCUCCUCUAAAGCCUAUAUCGGAAAAAAGAAAAAGGAGACUUAAGGUUUUAACCGAAAGAAAGAAACAAAAGAAAUUAGCCAAAAAACAAAAACGUUUAGAAAAGGAUUAA